AUGUUAACUUAUCAUAAUUUCCUCGUGGAUCACAAUAUAUUUGACCAAGUACUAUCAUUUGUGUCGCGUGUUGACCUUCCCAAAAACGGAUGUUUCCAUGAGACCCGAUUCCCUGGUAGCAGGGAAAGAGUGGGCAAAGACAAUAGGACCAAGUUGGAAAAUAUGGCCAAACUAUCUGGCGGGUUCGGAAUACGGGGUUAGUUUUCACUGAGCUUGCGCGUGAGACCCAC